AUGGCGGCGGCGGGCGCGGGGCGGGCGGCGGCGCGGCCGCGGCCGGGGCAGGCCCAGUUCCGCGGCUGCUUGGUCGGGGCGCUGCUGGGUGACUGCCUGGGCGCCGUCUUCGAGGGCAGGAGCGUCGUGAAGCUGCCCGAGCUGCUGCGCUUCCUCGGCGGCCUGGAGCCGGCGCCCGGCGCGGAGGAGCCGCCCGGCAGCGCCCGCAGAGAAACACUUUCGUACACGGAUGACACAGCCAUGAGCAGGUCUGUGGUACAGUCCCUGCUCGCCAAGCGAGAAUUUGAUGAAGUUGAUAUGGCCAAGAGGUUUGCUGAGGAGUACAAGAAGGAACCCAACAGGGGUUAUGGGAUGGCUGUUGUCAAUGUGUUUAAGAAACUCCUGAGCCCCAAGUGCAGUGAUGUGUUUGAACCAGCAAGAGCACAGUUUAAUGGAAAAGGCUCCUAUGGAAAUGGCGGUGCCAUGAGGGUGGCAGGCAUUCCACUGGUUUAUUCUGAUGUCCAGGAUGUUAAGAAGUUUGCAAAGCUCAGUGCUGAGCUAACCCAUGCCAACUCCCUAGGCUACAAUGGAGCCAUUCUGCAGGCCCUGGCAGUGCAUCUGGCUCUGCAGGGAGAACUUAGCAAGGAGAGUUUCCUUGAGCAGCUUAUUAGCCACAUGGAAGAUGUAGAAGCGGAUGAUAGGUCUCUUACUGAUGCCCGAGCGCUAGGAUUUGAGGAUUUACCAUUUUCAAGGCGUCUAAAGAAGAUAAAGGAAUUUUUGGAGCUCAGCAGUGUUCCCAAAGCAGAUGUAUUGUUUGAACUAGGCAAUGGCAUUGCUGCUCUGCGGUCUGUCCCUACUGCAAUUUACUCCUUCUUGCGCUGUAUGGAAGCUGACCCAGAUAUUCCUGAUCACUACAGCAACCUGCAAAGAACCAUCAUCUACUGUAUCUCUCUGGGUGGAGACACAGACACCAUUGCUACCAUGGCAGGAGCCAUUGCAGGGGCUUACUAUGGGGAAGAACAGAUACCCCCAAGUUGGGAGCAGAGCUGUGAAGCUUUUCAAGAGACAGAGAAGCUGGCAAAUAGCUUGUAUGAACUCUACUGCCAGCGGCUCUGAGCCUCGAAGGGAAGGUGUUUUCUGAAAGUAAAGCAGGUGGUUACCUCUGCUUUUCUGGUUGGAAAGUUUGUGGUGGAUCCACACCAUCUACAGAUGCCAGUGAGCCUCCACCUGAGAAAGACAUCUGCUGAUGUGACUUGUGAGCUGGAAGCAAGAGCAGACUUUGAAGAAGUGGGACAUACUGUUGGGUUACAUUUUAGCUGGGAAGCGGAUGCAUGUGACGCCUUGGAGAACAGAGUGAUUCUCCACUGAUGUUUACAGCAGCAUCUAGUUCUUCAUAAUAUUAUCUUCAUAAUAUUUCUGCUUUGUCCUGCCAUUAUGCCACUAUCAUUAUAAUUACUGUGAUUCGGGUGGGUGUCUGAAUCCACUGACUUCUUGUUUGAUUUCCUCUACUUUCAUAUACACAGCCUUCAUUUCAGUUGUUAGUGAUCUGUCCUGCAGUAACUUUGAUGUGUUCCGUUCCAUACCCCUCUUAAAACAGUAGUUCGUGUUCAGCUGACCAGCUAAAGGGUAUAGAUGGGAAUCUAUAUAGAGAGGCAUAUCACUGGAGAGCCUGGAGUACAUCCUAUAUGGUGGUACCAAUUACCACCUAUGUUAUAGAGUAAGGAUGCUGGAAGAUAGACCUCAUACAAAGAUUCAGUUCAUUAAAGGCAGAAUGAAAAGUGCCAGAGAUUGGAGAGGGAUUUCUUUGCAUUUCUAGUGGCAUUUUAAGAAAUGCCUUUGGUCCAUGUAGGUAGAAUCCCAGUUGGCUCGUUGCUGUUGGAAGAAGGCAGAAACUUGACAACAUCCUGAUUUAUUACAUUUUGUGUUUCCUUACCUGGCUGACUUUCACCCUGCUGCAGCUGCUCCUGCCAUUUCUUUUUGUUUCCUAAUCCUUGCAUCCUGCAUUCUUAAUCCUGUCCUGUGUAUAUCCAGAGCCCCAAGUAAGAUUGCUGUUUAAAUCUGUGUGUGCAGAUACGUUGUGAAACCUAGUAUUACACAAGGGUUAAAUUCUUGAUUCUGCUGCUGUCAGUGACAAAAAUGACUUCAGCUAGAAACAGGAGUUGCCUCUCUCAGCUUUAAAAUUGUGCUUGGUAAGAAUCUUCUGAAAAUAAUGGGAAAGGCAAGUUUCAGUACGGGCAGCCUGUCAGAGUUUAAAAGAAUUUCUACUUUUGAAGCUGGUAGAAGUGGCCAGAUUUCCAAGAAAGCUCUAUUGCACGAAUUUAAGUUUAAAACCUUUGCCUGAUGGAGCUGGUCAGAGGGGGAAUGACCUGGGCUUGUUUACAGCCAGAAGCAUGUCUAAAAAGGAUUAAAAGGUCUCUAAUAAUUAAAAAACAACAAAAAAGGCAAAUAGUCAUCAUAUGGAAAUGUUUAUAAAUUUGAAUGUGACAGUGUGAUUCUCUAUAAUCUCUCUAAUGCUUCUGUGGACCUGGGAAGUAAAUCUUCUGCUCUGAUGGAGUUUGCUCCCUGUUGACGUUAGCACUUGGUUAGUGUGUGUGUCAGGCUGCAUGCACAUGUAGAAAAUCCGGUUGUAAUAGGAUCAUUCCAGUUUUUCCUGUACUCCCUUCAAGUACCAGUCUUCUGUGUGAUGCUUUAAUGGGUUUUCCUUGUAUAAAUAUGGGUAUCUUGUCUUGUGAACAUGUGGAAUUAUGGUCUACUGUAUAUUUAUGGAUUGUGCUGCAGAUCUAAGUUGUAAAAUGUCAUUUUUUUUUCAAAUUGCUUUGACAGAGAUGUCAACAUUUUUUGACAGAGUUAUUUAAAAGAAGAAAUUCUCCUUUUAAAGCAGCUUUAAAAUUUUUAACGUGUGGCAUUUAAGAACAAUGAACAUAUUUCCUGUUAAAAAAUACAGCUUAUUUUAGGCCAGAAUUUAACUGUUCACUAACAUUCAGCUCUCACGUUCUUGGAAAGAAAUAAAUCACUUAGCUAUCUUUGUUAA